CUGAUAGCCACUCAUUCUGUACCCAGCUCAGCUACAGGUAGCCAUGACCGACGCAGAAAAUUUUUCCAUCCCGACGCUGUUCAACGUGAAGGGCAAAGUCGCCGUCGUGACGGGUGGAGGCUCUGGUAUCGGCACUAUGUUUGCCGCGGCGUACGCCCAGAACGGCGCGAAGGUGUACAUCGCUUCACGGAAGGAGAAACAGCUCAAGGAGGUGUCGGAGGCAAUCAAUCGCAAGGGGCCAGGAAGCUGCCACUACUUUGUCGCAGACCUUAGCUCGAAAGCAGGCUGCGACUACCUUGCGGAUGAGAUAAAAAAGCGCGAAUCCAAAGUGCACAUUCUAGUCAAUAAUUCUGGUGCAACAUGGGGUGCGCCGUACGACAACUUUCCUGAGAAGGAAGGCUGGGAUCGUGUCCUCGGUCUAAAUAUCAAGGGUACUUACUACCUCACUGUCGGCUUAACUGAGUUGCUUGCAAAGGGAGCCACACCCGACGACCCUGGUCGCGUGAUCAACAUCUCGUCCAUGGCGGCCGUGAACACCAUAGCCCUCGGAAGUGGCCUCGCUGACGUGGGCAAUGGCCUCUGGAGCUAUAACACGAGCAAGGCAGCCGUCAACCAUCUGACAUCGCUCUUGGCUUCGACACUCGCACCAAGGAAAAUAACUGUCAACGCAGUCAUGCCGGGGGUCUUCCCGUCCAAGAUGACUGCUUUCGGUUACAAGACCCACGGGGAUGAGAUGGAUAAAGUCCAGCCAAUGGGUCGCACGGGCAUGCCAAAAGAGAUGGCUGGAGUUGCACUAUUCCUGGCCAGUCCAGCGUCAUCUCAUGUCACCGGUGCGCACAUACCGUUGGACGGUGGCGUCUGGGUCAGCAGAACGAAGGCGGCACUAUGAUUUUCGUGUAUCCUCCGGAUUCUUGUAUCUCUUGGAUGUACCUGACGGCUAAAGCUAAACAUAUCGCGUUGUAAUGACCUUCCAAUAAAUGUCAUCUACAAUUCGCGUAGCCAGCAUGAAUAUUCUCGAGAGC